AUGCCAUCCGAGACAGAUUCAGCAGGAUCAUUGGCUGGACAGCCAGAAGAAGUCGGAGGCAUUGCCAGAAAGGUGCUAGUUCUGCCUUGCCUGGUAUGGUUCCUCUGCGAGUCCAGCAUUGCAGCCUUGGCAAUGGUCGAUCACACGCAUUGGGGCCAGCUGCAUUCACGCGGGUCCUUCCGCGCCCUUGUGUCUGCCAUUCCAGCCUUGCCCGCUGGGGUCCUUCCACGGCGCCGGCUGUGGAAGCGGCUGCUCCUUGGAGCGAUGGAGCUUCGCGGACAAGGCUUGAAGUACGAGCAGCUUUGCGAACUUCAGGGCCAGGCAGACGCUGAAAUCCAGCGAGAUGUCGGGCGGACGUUUCCAGAAAGGUUUGAUGAAGCCAGCCAGCAGGCGCUUUUCCGCGUGCUGCGGGCAGUGUCUCAUCGUGUUGAGGAUAUCGGUUACUGUCAGGGGAUGAACUUCAUCGCAGGGGUGAUGCUCUGCGUGUUCCGGUCCGGCGGAAACAAGGCCGCGGAGACCGUUGCGUAUCACUGCGUGUUGUCCAUGCUUCUCCGACAUGGGAUGAAUCAGUACUUCGGCGAUGGUUUUCCAAAGCUCCGCCUGAGUGCACUCCAGUUUGAUUGCCUGCUUGAGGCUUACUUGCCGGAUCUUGCGGCGACUUUUGAUCGCUUCAACAUCAGUGCCGAGUUCUAUGCGACGCAGUGGUUCUUGACACUCUUCGCCUACUCACUUCCUUUUCCGCAACUGCUCAGGGUGGUAACCUCAGUGCCUGCUCGCAGCAUGAGGGCCCGUGUGCGACAUGCAGCACAGGUUUGGGAUCAGUUCUUGUGCCGUGGAAUGAAGCUGGGAUCUCGGGUGCGACGUUUGCUGCAGACCACGCUCGCAGUUUUCACGAGAGCACGGAUGUGCAAGGUUUGCUGGUUCAGAAGCUCCAAGGCGAAGAGAUGUGCAGAGAUGCGUGACUUGAUUGCCAUCAGCUGUGCUGGGCUCAAGGCCUCACGCAUAGGAGCCGCCCAUAGCCCGCCCCUGAAUACGCAUGAUGCAGACAUGCUUGCAUCCAUCCUGGGCCCAGCUCUCCGGAAGAAGAGGAAGAAACUGCCGGCAGUGCCAGUAUCAACGGCCCUGAAGUUUGGAGCCCUGGUUUUUGGACUGCACGCCGUGGCCUGGGGUCCUAGUCGGACAUUUAUUUACCACCCAUCGCAAAGGCGUGCCAAGAGGACCUCUUGUCGUGCUCACGCAAGUCUCCUUCACCAGGGCAGCCAGCUGUUGUCUGGAAAGAAUAAGUGGCUGGGAGGUGUGCUAGGCCUGGACGACAACAUCUACUGUAUACCUUGCAACAAAGAUGUGGUCCUACAAAUUUCCACAAAAGACGAUGAGAUAUCUACGUUCGGAGCCUUCCCAGACACUGGCACAUUCAAAUGGUCACGGGGUCUGAUGGCAGGCAACGGCAACAUCUACGGUAUUCCAGCCCGAGCAGAGUCGGUUCUAAAGAUUUCACCUGCAACGAAGGAGGUUUGUACGUUCGGCUGCCUGCCCAAGGGCAAGUGGAAAUGGCAUGGGGCUGUUGUUGCACCAGAUGGGGCCAUCUAUUGCAUUCCAGCUGAAGCAGAAGCGGUUCUGCGAAUUGAUCCUGAGAGCGACACUGCCGAGCUCAUAGGGGACAAAAUGCCUGGACGAUGGAAAUGGUAUGGAGGUCUAUUGGGUUCUGACGGCUGCAUCUAUGGCAUGCCCUACCAUGCUAACAGCGUGCUGAAGAUAAGCCCCGAGACAGGCAAAGUGACGACAAUCGGCAACUUGCCUGAUGGCAGCUGGAAUUGGCACGGCGGCGUUGUGGGCGUGGAUGGAGCCAUAUAUGGCAUCCCUGCUCAUGCAGAGUCAGUUCUGAAGGUCGUUCCUGCCACUGGCGAGGUCAAGACCAUAGGAGGCCCGUUUCAUGGGAAGUACAAGUGGCUUGGCGCUGUACUCGGCAGCGAUGGCUGCAUCUACGGCAUCCCGUACAACGCGCAGACGGUCAUGAAGAUCUCUCCCGGGGUGGAGGACGUCGAGUUGAUCGACGUGCCACUCAAAGGAAGGAACAUGUGGCAGGGUGGCGUGCUUGGGCCGGAUGGAGCUGUGUACUUCAUCCCGAGAUGGGCCCAGCACGUCUUGAGAGUCAAGGAUGGUAAGGUGUCCGUCGUCAGCGGCGACCCAAUUCCCGGUUGGAACAAGUUUCAAGGAGGCGUGCUGGCUCGCGAUGGCUGCAUGUACGGAGCAUCGCAGGAGGUGAGCAUCGUGCGGUCUGCGGAGAGCCGCCUCCCGUCCCACUUGUCAGUCGCGACCAUGGCUGGGCAUCCCUUCUGGCUAACCCGAGCUGGAUGGCGCAUGCGAAAACAAACAGAGUAUCAGGCCCGGCCAGCGCUGUUGGGGCAAUCUUUUGACUGCACCAUCCAGAGGCUGCGCUGCCUUUGCCAGCUGUCGGAGCUCUCGCCGGAGGCACUGGUCAAGUCCGCCCUGGACUUCAAGGUUACCAAUCGCCUUCUCAGUGACCUGGAGCAAGCGAUUACAACACCGGCAUCUAGCAGCGGGCGAGGCACUUUGCCAAGCUGCUUCUUGGAGAGGGACCUUGACCGCGGCACGACCCAUUGCCGCUUCCUUCCAUGCAAAGAAGGCCCGGAUGGUGGCACGCCAAAAUCCAGACCCGCCAAAGUUGUGGAUCUGGCAUUUUGGGAGGCCACCCUUCCGGCACCGCGCGUUCCAGCAGAUCCACUGACUCCGGUUGCAGCUCGCGCAGCUCAAAGCCCUGAGGCUCCAAAAGUGGCCAAUGCAUCCGGGGCGACGUCCCAGCUGAAGUCCUUCGCGAAGAAGUCGCAGAAGGUCUUCAGCAAGGUCCGGCCACCUGCAGUCACCCUGAGCCUGCACCGAGGCAAGGGGGCGAGUAGCUCGUCGAAGGCUUCAGCGAACCAGACCCGGCCCAAUGCAUUUGAGGCAACAGAAGCCGGGGCCCUGCUGGAGCCUUGCAAGGAGGAGUCCAGUCGGAACUCAAGAGCAUCCUCCGUGCCGAUACGCUCCCGGGCAUUUGGUCGCCGAGAUGCGCCGGCGCCGGCUGCCAAGGUUCUCGAAGCUCCUCUUCCAGAGCCGUUCUCACCUCCGCCCAGGAGGCCAUGGGGCUUCUCGUCCUUGAGACCCGGCAGACGCAAGCAUUCACCCACUGCAAGGUGA